UGAGCUAAGAGGGCCUACCUAGUAACUAUCAACUUAUUCAAACGGCAACUCAAACGGCACAACAUAGCAGCGCCACAUCCUUCUCUUCAUCGGACUUAGUGUGGAACGUUCCAUCCCGCCACAAGUCUCUUAACCUCUCUCUCUCUCUCUCUCUCUCUCAGAAUAUAUCAUAUAAAAGCCUCGUGCUUGCUUGAUGAUGCUUAUGACAUAAGCAUUCAUCACUCGGUGAGACUGGACUACCCAAUUUCCAAGGGGGAUGAAGUGCACGAUUGGCAUUUCGUAGCUCUAAGAAAUGCUUCCUGGUCAUCUUGCCACUACAUCCGGACACCGAGGAGGCUCACGUCGAUCUCAGGUGACCCUCAUUAGGGACCAACAGGCUUGCAUUCCCCUUUCUAAGAUACUGAGCGAUGGAGAUAUUGUGGUUCUCCUCACACCGGUAGUCCCGCCCAUCCAACAGGAUGUUGGCGAUGGCAAUGAUCCUUUUGAGCCAUUUGGCCGAGCCUUGGCCGCACGGCACCCCUGGAUUCGCCAUGUUCCGUAUACAUCCCGAUGUGGAAUGACAAGUACUCAUGUUGGUUUCAUAAAACGGGCCAAGGUUGUCGUCUUCGUGAUAUCUGGGCUACCAAGCCGCGGGCAAUCUUCACAAGUUGAGAUUGGCCUGAUGGCACGGAUGGUGGGUGAUCAACGGCCACAAAUAAUCGUGGCGUGCCAGAACGUGCAUGACCUUGGCCUUAUGGAAGCGAACUUCCCUACGAUUGUGCAGCUAGAAGGAUACCGACCGUCUGAUUUGCUGGUCGCGGCAGCUGUGUUGUUUGGUGAAACCACAACCGCCACCACCGCCACUACCACCGGCUUAGACGUGCAAUCAUUAAUGAUUGAGCCCAAAUUCUGGGCAGUAGAUCAUUGGGAUGGUCUAAACGUGGCUCCCGUGCAGGAGCUAUGGAAUCAAUGCCUACCGGACCAGUUUCGCUUGGAAAAGACUACUUUGCAAUCUCUAUUACAACGAGAUGGUUAUUCUAUGCAUUUCGUUGUAGAGCUUCCCGAGAACCGCGAGGUUGUUGGAUUUUGUGCGACUUAUACAACAUUUGUGGACAGAGAAGGGGAGAAACUAAUCGGAUCACUUGCCAUAAUCAUCGUCAAACCAGCGUAUAGGCGUCGGGGGGUAGGGUUUAGUUUAUACGACCACGCUCUCAGACAACUCAAAAGGAUACGCGGUGUAGAUCGGAUUCAGCUGGGCUCUACGUUUCCCCGCCUUCUAAGCGGGAUACCUGCCGCAUCUGCGUCCGAGAGUUGGUUCCAGAGGAGGGGUUGGCAAAUGGACGGUCGGGCUCCAGGCCACGGCCAAGAUAUCUGUGAUUGGAUCUUGAAAAUUGAUGAUUGGCCAAGCGGCGGGCUGUCCGCGGCCUCGGCAGGGCUCACUUUCCGGCAAGGCACAUUCCACGAUUUUGACUCAAUCGCAGACUUUGUUGAAAGAGAAUCGGCUCGCAAGGACUAUACUGGGUGGUAUGAUCAGUACAUGACACGUGCACACGACGGUUGCAUUAGUGAUAUCGUUCUCGGAUUGGAGCGGUCAGAAAUCAUUGCCUCAGCCUUAAUAUACACACCCAACGAAACUGGCAGUUUAGCAAAAGAUCUGCCUUGGGCGCGAACGAUUGGUUCAGACGUGGGGGGUGUAACGUGCAUCUGCAUUGCAGACAGUAAUCCCGCUAUAACAAUCAGUAAGGAUACGGUUAUGAUACGAUUACUUGAUGCUUGCGUCACGAUACUUAGAGAACAAGGAAUGAAGCGAGUGUUUCUCGAUGCCGUUAAAGGCGGCUAUGAGGGAUUCCAGUCCAUGGGAUUCCAAAAGUGGGCGAUAUAUAAAGAUUUAUGGCAACCGAUAAAGAAAUAAGCAGGAGAUCUUCCUAAAUGGCA